AAAAGUCCGGACUUGCUUUGCUCAGUGCUUCGCGUGUCACAUGAGUGGAGGCAGCCCCCAAAGGUUGCAUCAUACCUAUCUGCGAACCUACAACGUACUCGCCUACUCGCCUACUCCGUACAAACUUAAAGCCCGAUUAUCUCCCACCACUAGGCAUCUUACCCCCAGCGGACCAGCCUGGCUACUUCUAUCCACCAACGCCCCAUCCAUCGCGAAGAAACAAGAUCUGGCAUCAAGCGCUGUUUCUGGCGUGUUCAGGCCCGUAAUAGACGUCUUUUCCUUCCCGGUUUUCGUCCCACGGAUCCUGGAGUGACGGCCCUCUUAACAGUCGAGUCUCCAUACCCCGCGCCCCGGGGAUAGAUCGCCUGAACGAUAUCCUCCAUCGAGCAACAGCCUCUUUCCGGUGUUUUUCGACGGACCUCCUGAAUCCACCUAAUCGAUCGUCCCCGUUACCACGUAUCGCUUAUCACCAUGUCGAGCUGGCUGUCUUGGUGGGGCGGGGCCGCCAACCAGAAGCAGAAGCAGGCGAAGGUGAAGGAGGCGGUGGUCGGCUUGAGGGCACAUAAGGAUAUGUUGGAAAAGAAGGCAGCAUACCUCCAGACACAAGUCGAUGAGCUGGAAGCCCAGACAAAGGCCGCCCUCAAGAGAGAUCCCAAUGAGGCGAAGCGACUCGUUGCGCGCAAACUGCGCAAGGAGAAGGAACGGCAGCAGGUUGUCAACUCGAUACAGUCGAUGGAGUCCCAAGAGAUGGCUCUCAACCGAGCCACGGCCACCCGAGACGAGGUCCAGGCCACUCAGAAGGUCACGGACGCUAUGAAGCUGAUUAACAAGGAUAUCUCGGUGGACAAGGUGGACGCCAUGAUGGAGAGUCUACGGGAGCAAAACGCGGCCAACGAAGAAAUUGCCCAGAUGUUGGGCACGCCAGUUGGGGACAUGCAAGACGAGGACGAGCUGGAAGAGGAGCUGGAGAGGAUGCGGCAGGAACAGGUCGACGAGGAGAUGCUCAAGACGGGGACGGUACCCGUGUCGGACAAGAUCAAGGAUCUCCCUUCGGCGGCCACGGGCGAGCUCAAGAGAAAGACGGCGCCGCAGGAAUCCGAGGAAGAAGCCGAGCUGCGCAGACUGCAGGCCGAAAUGGCCAUGUGAGGCUUUCCAAGGCCGGACUUGGGGGCGCUCGACUUUACUCACAUCUGCUGCAUGCAUCUCUCUGCCGGCAUGUCAUCUGGAUGCAAGAAUCAUAGAACGUUUUGGUUGCAGUUACACAGCGCCAACUGCUGGGAUAAUGGGGAAGACACGGACGUGCGGGUGAGGAAG